GCGGGUAAUGUGCAGACAGACAUCGGCUCGCAUCGCUAUCAACGUUUCGAGAAGAUACGCGAAUUACGCGAGCGUUGUUAACGCAAAGUCAACAUCAUGGGCGACCCAAAGAGUCAGCACAACACGCAGGACAUGAAAGGCUGGUUGUUUAAAUGGACGAACUACUUAAAAGGUUAUCAACGAAGAUGGUUUGUCCUGUCAAACGGCCUGCUCUCGUAUUACAGGGCUGAACCAACAGGGGGGCCAAAGAUAUCAACGCGACGCAAGCGGAGAGCUGGCAGAGCCUCCGAGCGACCGAGGGAUGUGUUCCUGAGACUGUCGCGUCUCCGUUUCCGCUGUUUCAGAAACCCGGCGGAGAUGUCACACACCUGCCGCGGCACGAUUUCCUUACACGGGGCCUUAAUACACACGGUGGACGCUUGCACCUUCGUCGUCAGCAACGGCGGUACGCAAACCUUCCACAUCAAGGCGUCGACCGAGGUGGAGCGACAGCAAUGGGUCACAGCUCUCGAGUUGGCAAAGGCCAAGGCGAUCCAAGCGAUGGAAUCUGAAGAAGAGGAGGAGGAAUAUCAAGAUAACGACAAUCAAAAGGUAGAAAACACGUCUGUGAUCAAGGAUUUAACGCAACGAUUACAAGAUUUGCAAGCGUGCAAUGACGUGAUGGUGAAGCACGGAACUGCGCUUCAACGAGCUUUAACCGAUUUGGAAGCGCUAGAACCUUCGUCCUCCGAUUUAGGAGCAAAACUCAAACUCGUCAACGAGCGAGCCACGCUUUUCCGAAUUGCCGCAACUGCUAUGGUUAAUAAGAGCGGCGAUUAUUUGCAAGCAGCCCAGCAUCAGGAGCCUAAAUGGAAGAAGAUGCUGCAGCACGAGCGUGACCAAAAAGUGCGAAUAGAAAAGAUGGUCGAGCAGCUAGCUAGACAACAUUCCCAUUUAGAGGAAGCUGCUCAGCACGCGAAUAUUCCUUCAGUAAUGCCCGCGAGCGGACACAGACUUUCACAUCCUGCAGUAACAACUUCUCCGUCGGAGGAUGAGGAAGAUAACGUUGAAUUUUACGAUGCACAAGAAUCAGAUACUUUUACUUUAACCAUACCUGCCACAAAUAAUUCACUUUCUCAUACGAGAGAUCGCACUGAUUCUCAAGGUAGCGACGAUGGCUCUAGUUCAGAAGGAGAUCCAACUCCUUUGCUUGUCUCCGAUUCUACUGGUGCUGAAUCGUAUCUCAUUGUGACCGAUUCUACAGCAGCUCAGACUCCUUCACCAGUUUCAGCAGCCACAAACGAUCUGGAUAAUACAGCUUGGCAAUCUAAUAAUGGCAGCAGCGGCACCAGGAUGACCACUGUUUCCAAAAGAAAACGAAGAACUAGGGUACCUGACAAACCAAAUUAUCCCUUGAAUCUAUGGAGUAUUAUGAAAAAUUGUAUUGGCAAAGAUUUAUCGAAAAUUCCUAUGCCAGUUAAUUUUUCUGAACCACUUAGUAUGCUUCAACGUCUAACAGAAGAUUAUGAAUAUGCAGAUAUUCUCGACAGGGCUGCAGAAUGUACAGAUAGCUAUGAACAGAUGGCUUAUGUAGCUGCAUUCACUAUAUCUAGUUACUCUACAACUGCGUCCAGAACAGGGAAACCUUUUAAUCCUCUGUUAGGUGAAACUUAUGAGUGCGAUCGCACAGACGAUCUUGGAUGGCGUGCGAUUUCAGAACAAGUGUCGCAUCACCCGCCAAUGCUGGCGCAACAUUGUGAAGGAAAGAAAUGGCGCUGUUGGCAGGAAUUUACAAUGGCUUCUAAAUUUCGCGGAAAAUAUUUACAGGUGAUUCCUCUGGGUACCGCUCACUUGGAAUUUGACAGCGGUCAACAACACUACACAUGGCGUAAAGUCACUACUACAGUACAUAAUAUUAUAGUUGGAAAAUUGUGGGUCGAUCAGACCGGCGAUAUGGACAUAGUAAAUCAUAAGGAAGGUAUCAAAUGUCACUUGAAGUACAUACCAUACUCGUAUUUCUCGCGAGACGUUCAGCGUAAGGUGAAAGGAGUAGUCAUGAAUUCUAAUAAAGAAGUAAAGUGGGUAGUUCAAGGUACGUGGGACGCAAAAAUAGAAAUUGCUCCCGUGAUAAGCACAUCUGGUACAGCUGAUAAUCCAGUCUAUAAAACAGGCCCUUAUAUAUUAGCUUGGAAACGACGAAUGCUUCUCGAUGAUUGUGAGAAAUAUUAUUCAUUUACGGAACUAGCAUGUCAGCUGAACGAACCAGAAGAAGGCAUAGCUCCUACAGAUUCUAGGCUAAGACCUGAUCAGCGAUUGAUGGAAGAUGGUCGAUGGGACGAAGCUAAUGCAGAGAAAUUACGUUUAGAGGAAAAGCAAAGAGCGACUAGGCGAGCGCGUGAACAUGAAGCUGAAAAGGCUGCCGCACAAGGAUUACCCUACGAAUCGUAUGAACCGUUGUGGUUUAAGAAGAAACAGGAUCCGUAUACAGAUAGUCGGUGUUACGUUUAUAACGGCGAAUAUUGGGAUUGUAAAAACAGAGGUGACUGGUCACGAUGUCCAAACAUAUUUUAGUUUGUUGUAUAAAUACAUUCUACAUUUCCAGGACAGCUGUUGUGUAACUUUUCAGAAUUUGAUCGGAACAAGAUUUUGACUGACGAGUUUUUCUUUUUUUCGAUCGGUAUGUCGUUUUGAUUUAUUACGACUUUAGUCGAAAUUGCAAUAAAAGCACAUUUUGAUGUGCAAAAUGAAGCAGGAAACAAUACAAACACAAUUGGAGUUUACUUAGCUCGCCAGAUGUCGAAAUCGUUCCGAUCAUUUCGGAUUGUUUCAGAAUGUUUAUAAUAGUAAUAUAAAUGACAGAACCCGAAAAAUUUUGAUCGGAAACAGUUCCAUUUAUGUAGUCACAUGAUAGCUGUCUAUGUGACUCGUUAUAUGUAUGCAGUGCAGAGAAAGUUGGAUCUUUUAAAAGUGACGGUAGUCGAUAUAUAUAAAAGUUGUAAUCGCGCGACGUUCAAGACUUUAAUUGUGCUUGAAAAAAAAAAAAAAAAAAAGAUAUUACGUGAUAAUAGAGGUGUUGCGCGAAAUAUGAAUUAGAAUCGACGGCAAUCGUACAGAGAGCCAUUGAAAUUAAAAUUGUUUUUCGGCCAAACUACGAACAAAAUUGCGUAACAUAUUCAGCAUGAUCAAAUAUUGACAUGUAAAGAACAAUUUUUUCUUUUUUUUUCGAAAAAUCUUUUCGAAAUAAAAAGUCGUUAAUUGUAAAGACCGUAGCGUAAUUCGUACUUCAAUCAAAACGUUUUGGAAACACCAAUCGAAAAAUAAUUCUUCCAAGUUUUCAGUGUGGCUUUAAAAACAGUUUUAAGAUAAAUAAAAAUUAAUUAAUUAGGUGAUAACUUGAGAUAAUUCUGAUGAGAUAUCUUUGUACGAUUUCUAUCGAGCCUAAAUAAGUAAUUCUUCCAAUGAAUGGACAAAGUUAUUGGCGUUCUAAUAUGCACAAUAUGCAGUUUGUAAUUAUUGCCUUUGUUAUGUUAUUUGGAUUUUCUAUGUCUUGCCUGAUAUCUUUUUUUUUCUCUUAAUAUGACAUCAAUCCAUUCUCCGUUUUUUUUUCUCUUGAUCAAUCAGGCGCAUUUAAGCUAACGUUCUCAAUUAACGUGCCUAAUAUAUUUAGGAUUUCAAAAAAUUUAAUAUCCAGCUGUUUCUUGAAUCUUUUUUCGAUUUAUAAUAUUUUUUAAGUGUGUUUUCACAUAUAUUAGCCGCAUAUAUAUAAAUUCGUGCUCAAUAAGUAUUUUAUUGAAAUUAUCAUAAAGUGUGUAUUGAGAGAAAUUGCCACGAGAUCAUAAAGAGAGAAAGGGUUUGAGAAGUUUUUGUUAGGUCAUAUUACUAAAAGGAAAAAAUUCAAAUUUAAAAAGCUACAGCGUAUCUCAGUUUUCAGUAUUGUGUCUCGAUUUAUUUUUAGACAAAAUUAAUUAAUUAAUUUUGUGAGACAUUUAUCUUUCAGUUUAAGUUUGUUUUACUGAAGUCGUGAUUGUGCCAUUGUAUAUGCGAAAAUUGUGAAUAUUUCAUUGUUUAAUCUAUCUCCUUGUGAGAGUAUUUUCAUAAAUAAGUACACGAAUGUGCACUGAAUGAGAGGCAAAAUCGAAAAAAAAAAAAAAAUUUAA